AUGGCUCACAACCCCUACCAGCUUGAGGUAGACCAGGACGUUUACCUUGAUCCUCACAAGUUGGUCCUUCCCUCACACUGCAUGCGUAGUGCUACCGGGAAGGUUGUUGUAACAAUAUGCGAGGGCAGCAAAACAGUCCUGAACUGCACUAACGGCAGGAUCAACAUCGGCAGCGCCCUCUACGGGAGGACCGAAGCAGAUGUUUGUCCACACGACAAGGUUAGCAAUACAAAUUGCAUGGCAGCUGGUGUGUUCGACACCAUUUCGUGUUGCACUGGUCUUUCCCAAUGUGCUGUGACUGCAUCGAGUAGUUUAUUUGGCGAUGAUCCAUGUCCAGGCACAUAUAAAUACCUUCAGAUCACUUAUACGUGCGAACCCGAGGACGACCUUCCCCCACAAACCCUGAUAAGCAUCGACAUAUGUGAGGGAAAGGACGAACCAAGGAUCACCUGCUCGGCUGGACAGACCAUCAGCAUUUGCUCGUCCAUCUAUGGCCAAAGUGACACAACAACUUGCGCGAAAACCCGGCCGGCGACAACGUCCAAUGUGGACUGCAUGUCACUGAAUCCCUUAUACGUAAGGACGACUUGCCAAGGGGAGCAGAGUUGCACUGUUAACGCCGUAAAUAGUGUCCUAGGUGGCGAUCCCUGCCGUGGUACCUAUAAGUAUCUACACAUCGAUUAUAGAUGUGUCGCGUAGUGAUGACACCUGUUUCUCUCUUCCUCUUUCUAUUUCUCUCUCUCUGCCUCCCUCUCUCUAUGCCUCUUUCUUCUGUUUUU